AUGGCUCCGAAAGUCAAAGUGUCUCUAAACCCACCAUAUAAUGGGGAUUUUUACAGCUCUAAUGAUCAAAUGUCAGGAGUGGUUAAUCUUCAAUUAAAAAAACCACUGUCGAUAAGAAAAAUUACCGUCAUAUUGAAGGGGUUCUCAGAGACUUUGACAAAGAUUGACCAAGAAUAUAUGUUUCAGCAGAACGGUAUGAUGAUACCUGGGCAAGAUAAUAGGUCCUUCCAUACUUUGUUAAAGUUUGAACAGAGAGUUUUCCCUCCAGAUAAUGUAUGGAAUGCUCUUGAUGGAUCUUCAAAGCCGUUCAAAGUUAAACCAGGUGCGUAUGACUACAGUUUCCAGUUUGACAAGUUUCCUAAAAAACCUGAAUGCCUGAAAAAUCAUACUGCAAAGACAAUAGCGUUUGUGACAAGGAGCAACGCACGGCUUCCACCCACGUUCAACAGCCAUUGGCAAGAAUUCAAUAAGAUUGAUAAUUUGGAUCUAUAUUUUUAUGCGUUUGGAAAGGUCAUUUAUAUGGUACAGGUGCAAAUAGAGUUGGGAAAGGCAGCAUCUUGGUUUAAACCGUUCCACAGAUUAAUCAGGGAAAUCGAAACAUUUGAAUUUAUACCUGAUCCGAAGAACCUUAUUAUAGAACCCGAUGAAGAUAAUGAUGAAGAAGUUGCUGGUUUGAGUAAUAACAAUGAAUUUAACGGUACAUCAAUGAAUAAUGAGCUUUUCAAUAACUCAAGCCUGAAAGUUCCUUCAAAAGAUGUAAAAGUUGUUAACGGAGUCGGGUAUAUAAAGAGUGAUAGGAAUUUCUCUCAAGCCAACUCUAUUUUGAUACAAGACGGGGAUAUAAGGACAAGGCCCACAUCAUCAGCAACAUCGACGAGGCAGCCUUCUCGCAUGGCGAAUGGUAUGAGAGUUUUCUCAUGUCCGUAUCAAAUGGGGCUACCUGAUGGUGAAAGUAGUAUGAGGGUGGAAGUGAGAAGUCGAGAUUUAAAGCAGAUAUACAGAAAGGAUUAUUUAUUUCGAUCCGGCAGCCAAAAUUUUGACAAGGUAUUCCUAGUCAUGGAAGGGAAUAUAUCAAGUUUGAGCAAGAUGCAAAUUGUACCACGAAGAAUACAGCUAAAUUUGUUAGAAACAACAACUUAUUUAUCACAGGGAAUAGCAAACGGGAACUAUUCAUCUUUGAAACUGAUUGAACUUGAUUUGAAUCAGCCUAAAUCCAAUAAGCCCCUUCUGAACUUGAAUGAAAUACGGGAGAGUUCUGAUGGUUCCGUGUUUGAGUGUGAGUUACGAUUGAGGGAUCAUCCUAUUUUAAGAAAGCUGGUGUUUAACGAGGAGGAUUACAGGCACCGUGGGAAUAGACUUUAUAGUUUUAAAACAUGCACGAUAAAGAGAAUAUUUAGUUUCCAACUAUUGAUCGAAUGGGAAAUUAAUGGAAUUAGGAAGCAAUCUGAAGUAAAUAUCAACCCGGUUCAAGUAUUUUGUCAAAUACGAGAGCAUGUUGAGGCUGAAAUACCGCCUAGAUAUGUGCCGCCACCAACGUAUACGGAGAUGGCGACUUAA